AUGUCACCGGUUGGAUUACCACCUGGUUUUAGGUUCCAUCCAACAGAUGAAGAGCUCGUCAACUAUUAUCUUAAGAGGAAGAUCAAUGGCCAAGAAAUUGAACUUGAUAUCAUUCCUGAGGUUGAUCUCUACAAAUGUGAGCCAUGGGAAUUAGCAGAGAAAUCAUUUUUACCAAGUAGAGACCCAGAAUGGUACUUUUUUGGACCCCGGGAUAGGAAAUACCCAAAUGGGUUCAGAACAAAUAGAGCAACUCGUGCAGGGUACUGGAAAUCCACUGGAAAAGACAGAAGAGUUUCAUGCCAAAGCAGACCUAUUGGUAUGAAGAAGACUUUGGUGUACUAUAGAGGCAGAGCCCCUCAAGGGAUCAGAACUGAUUGGGUAAUGCAUGAGUAUCGCCUUGAUGACAAAGAGUGUGAGGACACAACUGGAUUGCAGGAUACUUAUGCAUUGUGCCGUGUGUUCAAGAAAAAUGGAAUCUGCUCUGAUAUUGAAGAGCAAGGGCAAUGUAGUAUGUCACUAAUUGAGAGCUCCCAUACCAUAAUUAAUGAGUGUGAAACAAUGUCUCCAGACAUACCAGGGGCAUCAUCUUCGUGCUUGGAAGAGGAAGACAAAGAUGAUUCAUGGAUGCAGUUCAUUACAGACGAUGCAUGGUAUUCUUCUAAUGCAGCUAUUGGUGGUGGUGAAGAAGUCUCACAUGUUACGUUUACAAACUAA